CGUGUCUGUGCACCAAUAGGAAGCCGGGGAUGCCUCGCACGUGCACACAAUUGGCUUAAAAUAAAGAGCUGUGCGUCCUGUUCCUGCGGUGAUUGAUUGGUGAAGGUUUGUGGAAAACAUGAAUCCGGAGCUGCGGGUGUGAAGGCAGCCUGCGGGGUCUGAAGGCAGACGAUGCAGCAGAAUGGAGCUCCCUCUUUUCUGCGGUGUUUGUGUGCGGGAUUAGCCGCUACUUAGCCGUGUGUGUGUGUGUGUGUGUGUGUGUGUGUGUGUGUGUGUGUAGACGCAGGGCGCAGCGAGACGCCAGUCAGGUGGAUGCGUCUGCAGUGAUCCAGGUCGCCCCUAUGGAUCGCGUCCAUGGAUGUCUUCAAACCCGCUUUGGACAGUAGUUUGAGUCCCAAGGCGUGCGUCCCCUCGUCUGAAGAAGCUGACGUGUUCCGCUGGCCCCCCCCGGAGGAUGGAAGCAGCGCCGCCAAGGACCCGCUCCCCCCCGGAGCAUCGGGCUUCUGGACGGCCGUGUUCGACUAUGAAGCGACUGCGGAGGACGAGCUCAGCCUGCGGAGGGGAGACCUGGUGGAGGUCCUGUCCAAAGACUCCCUGGUGUCCGGGGAUGAGGGCUGGUGGACCGGCAUGAUCGCGGACCGGGUGGGCAUCUUCCCCUCUAAUUAUGUGAGCAAAGGGAACGGCAUACCGGAGGAGAUCCGGGACACUCCGGAGCAGCAGUACUCAGUGCCUCCUCUACACCUCCUGGAGAUCGAUUUCUCCGAGCUGACCCUGGAGGAGAUCAUCGGCGUGGGCGGGUUUGGAAAAGUCUACCGUGCGGUGUGGCGGGGCUUCGAGGUGGCCGUGAAGGCGGCGCGACGGGACCCCGAUGAAGACCCCGAGCAGACUCUGGAGAGCGUGCGUCAGGAGGCCAAACUGUUCGCCAUGCUCAACCACCAAAACAUCAUGGCCCUGCUGGGGGUGUGUCUGCUGGAGCCCAACCUGUGCCUGGUCAUGGAGUUUGCCCGGGGUGGCGCCCUCAACCGCGCCCUCGCUGGGAAACGCAUCCCGCCGUGCACGCUGGUGGACUGGGCCGUGCAGAUCGCCCGCGGGAUGCUCUACCUCCACAGCCAGGCCAUCGUCCCCAUCAUCCACCGAGACCUCAAGUCCAGCAACAUCCUGAUCCUGGAGCGGGUGGAGAUGGAAGACCUGAGCCACAAGACCCUGAAGAUCACAGACUUUGGAUUGGCGCGGGAGUGGCAUCGCACCACCAAGAUGAGCGCCGCCGGCACCUACGCCUGGAUGGCGCCCGAAGUCAUCCGCUCGUCCACGUUCUCCAAGGGGAGCGACAUUUGGAGCUAUGGCGUGCUGCUGUGGGAGCUGCUGACAGGAGAAGUUCCGUUUCGGGGAAUCGACAGUCUCGCCGUGGCCUAUGGGGUCGCCAUGAACAAGCUGGCUCUGCCCAUCCCCUCCACCUGUCCUGAACCUUUUGCACGCCUGAUGGAGGAGUGCUGGAGCUCGGACCCUCACUCCCGGCCUCAGUUCACAGCGAUCCUGGACCAGCUGACGUCCAUCGAGGAGUCGGGCUUCUUUGAGAUGCCAGCAGAGUCUUUCCACUCGCUGCAGGACGACUGGAAGCUGGAGAUCCAGGAAAUGUUCGACCAGCUGAGGACCAAGGAGAAGGAGCUGCGCUCGUGGGAGGAGGAGCUGACCCAAGCGGCGCUGCAGCAGAAGUGCCAGGAGGAGGCGCUGAGGAGGCGCGAGCAGGAGCUGGCCGAGCGCGAGAUCCACAUCCUGGAGCGAGAGCUCAACAUCAUCAUCCACCAGCUGUACCAGGAGAAGCCUCACGUGGAGAGCAGGCAGGGCAAGUUCCGCCGCAACCGCCUUAAACUGAAGGACGGGAACAGGAUCAGCCUGCCCUCAGAUUUUCAGCACAAAAUCACGGUGCAGGCGUCUCCCUCUCACGAUCGGAGGCGGAGUCUGCUCAGCAGUAGUUCCAGUCCGCCGUCGAGCCCGGCCAUGCUGCCCCGCCUCCGAGCCAUCCAGCUCACUCCAGGUGAGGGCUGCACGGCGUGGGGUCGCGGUGGUGCGAGUGUCCUGCAGGACGAAGACGAGGCCGAGAGGAAGGGGUCCAGAAAGAAGGGCAGGACUCGGGGGGGCGGCCCGUACAGAGAGCACAGCGCUGAUGCAAGUGUGAAGCCUCCCCACGAGGGCAGCAGGCAGCGCUCCUGCAGCGCCCCAAACCUCCGCAGGUCUCCCAGACACAGUCCAGCCGUGCCCGGGGUGCCGAGCCUCGUGGAGAUGGAAAAUGAAGACUGCUGCUUCAGCACGGAGCCGGGAGCCCCCCCUGGUCAGACCUACCUCUGCCUCCCCUUCCAGAAAGACUCCCACCCUGCUGCUGCUGCUGCUGCUGACGCCGAUGGAGACGAGUACGGACCCGGGGGUCAGGUCCCAGGUACCCCGCCCUGCAGGAAGAGCCCGGGCGGGGGCCGGCGGUCUGAGCUGGUCCUGCUGGGUUGUGGCGCUCUGCUGGCCGCCGUGGGACUCGGCUGUAACCUGCUCGCCGCGGCCCAGCCGGAGGAGAGCGUCAAAUCCCGAUGGGAGAGUUUCUUCCACCGAGGGGGGGGCCAGAGGCGGAGCACCAGCCCUCAGACUCGCAGACUGUUCCGGCGGGAGAGCCCGCUGAAGCCCCCGGCGCCCUCGCUGCCCUCCUCCUACACGUUGCUGUCCUUAUCCUCCGUGUCCGACUGCAACUCCACGCGCUCGCUGAUCCGCUCGGACAGCGAGGAGCUGGUGGUGUACCGCCCGGCCUCGACGCCCGUGACUCAAACGCCGGUCAACCCGCUGGUCAACACCCACCUGGAGAGCUUCAAGAGGAACCCGCGCCAGUCCCUCACGCCCACCCACGUUCCCUCCGCCCCCCCGAGCUCCUCGCGCGGCCUGAGACGAACGCCGUCAGACGGAGCCAUCAAGAAGAGCUGCCUCGCCAACAACCUGGAACCUUUACCUGAGAAGACGGCGUUGGAGAACACGGGUGUCUUCAGAGGUUUCAAAGAGGACUGUCGUGAAGUCCCCCGCCUCCCCGAUCCAAACAUCGUGUUCCCUCCGACUCCUCGCCGUCGCUGUGCUCCUGAACGCCCCAAAACCCUCGACUUUGUGGCCCGGCCUCGGCCCUCCCCGCGGGCGCGCUGUGACGUGUUCUGGGGGGAGGCGAGGCCGCGGGGAAACGGACUAAACCCGGGUAACGGCGAUUCCCCUGCCCACACGUCCAGCACGGAGACGCCUCCGACCGUGGAGUUUGGCGGUGACCCGGCGGCGCUGCGUACCCCGAUGGAGGCCCCGACGCCGUACUCCCCCCGUAAGAAGGAGAACCUGCUGGAUCAGUCGGACGAGGGUCAGUGUCGGGAUGGGACGGUCCCGCUCAGCUUCCCCAAAGACUCGCCGUACCGCUACAGACCGGGAUUCUGGUCCUGACUCGGCGCCCGAGAGAGAUCCGGCGCCGCAGAUCAGACCGUAACGUGGUCGGUUCAUCGUCACUUAAACACAGGAAGUCAUCGUCCCAGAACGUUUCCACCUCCUGACGUUUGCUGCAUCACUUUUCAUGAUUU